CUACUGGUAAGACACAGUGAGCUGUCUGCGCUGGCUCAUAAUUAAGCGGGUGAAACGACUUGCACACAGAACCCUUCACAACGAUCAUAUGAACCGACUGGGUCUCACCUAUAAAAAAGCUGACAGCACGAACUAGACAGAAAAUCUGUCAAGAUGCUACUUUACCUCCUUGUUGUUAGUGUCAUCAGCGUCACACUUACACGUUCCCAGAACACAUCGACGACAUCUACGCCUCCGGUUGUCCAGACUCAGCUGGGAGCAAUCAGCGGAAGGAUGCUGACCGCCAAGAACGGGAGACAAUACGAAGCUUUCCGAGGCAUUCCGUACGCCAGGCCACCUGUAGGAGACCUGCGCUUCUCUAAGCCCCAGCCUCAUCCUGCUUUUGAUCAGGGACGAUUUGAUGCUGGACAAUUUGGAAACAUUUGCUGGCAGAGUGCUUCAAUAUUGUUACAGUUUACUGAGUCGACGAUGAGCGAGGACUGUCUCUUUCUCAAUGUCUUUAGGUCGUCUGGUACUUCACAACGGAAUCUGCUUCCAGUAUUUGUUUUCAUUCAUGGAGGAGCCUUCGUAUGGGGCAGUUCUGACAUAUACAGUAUGGGAGGGCUUGUAACUAAGGGCAACAUCAUCGUCGUGACUUUGAACUACCGCCUUGGUGCCCUCGGCUUCCUCAGCACGGGCGACCCGACACUACCUGGUAACUACGGCCUGUGGGACCAGCAUCUGGCCAUCCAGUGGGUCAAGAACAACAUCCAAGCUUUUAACGGUGACCCUGACAAGAUCACCAUCGGAGGCGAGUCUGCGGGGUCAGCCUGCGUUGCGUACCAGACCUUAACGCCUUUGUCACGAGGGCUGUUCGCCAGAGCCAUCCUGCAGAGCGGCGCCGCCACGUCAUCAUGGGCGCUCCAGAGAAAGCCGCUGGACCAGGCACAGAAGCUGGCACUCAACCUCACCUGUCCGUCUCCACGCUCCACCACGAGCACCGGGGAUGCAGCAAUCAUCGCAGAUUUUCUGUCCUGUGUGAGGAGGGCGUCCCCUCAACAAAUUCUUUUAGCCUCAUCGCAGCAGACAACCUUAGCCAGGGCACUUAUAGACUAUGGGUUUAUACCAACAGUAGAUGGUGAAUUUGUGAGGAAAAACCCUGCAGACAUGUUGAACGACAAUGAAUAUCUACAACAGAUCGGGUUCUACGACAGAGACUACCUCAGUGGUGUCGUCAACAACGAAGGAGGUACCCUCUCUACUCUGGUGCUGCAGUUAACGUCCAACGACUCAGUGAUCCUGAAACCAGAAUUCUAUGACCUUGACCUCGUGCCCCUUGUGAUAGAACAGAAGUUUGGAAAUACCUCAGCAGUUGUGGAAGAAGUGGUCAGGUUUUUCUAUACUUACCCGAGAUAUUCAGACAUUGCGCUGCUGGACAAGAAACAAGUGCUGGACACUGCAGGAGAUGCUGGUUUCUACGUGCCACUCAUAGAAUUCGCACGCGCUGUUGCCAGGGGUCGAAGUUCAUCACGAAGAAACCUGGUGUACCUUUUUGAGCACUACCCCACAUAUUUCUCAGAUGGAUACCUGGGUACACCACACAGCUAUGAGAUGAUGUAUGAGUUUGACAUUGAUUGGUUUUUAGUCAACGCCAGUCUGUGGACUGUUGAUGAUGAACGCCUUCGUGAAGUCUUCAUGUCGGUGAUCGUGGAUUUUGUGAAAUCAGGAAAUCCCCAGAUCGUACCUCGAUCAUCUUCACAAGAUUGCUGGACAGAUUUCAACCUCAUCGACGAGAGUUAUCUGUCCAUCAAAGCCAACUCCUCAUCAAUACAGCAUCAUAUCCGUCCACGCGAGACCUCGCUCUGGCUCGACCUACUUCCAACUCUCCUGGACCCAGCGUUUAACCAGACAAACCACUCGACAUCCCACGUGCCGACUUUGUCCGAGUUGAUAGGAUGACCAUAUCACCAGAAAAAGCUCUAACCAUCGUGUACUCACCGUUUUUGGGUCAUGAUGACUGUCAAAUUGUGUUUGUUAGGGUAUCAGUAAAAAAGUAAUAAAAGCUAUUUAUGAGUUAGGAUGGACUGAUGAACUCGCAAUCUUUUGCAUCCCAAUAUUACAUUCUGUGAGUCUCUGCAUUACCCAGUUAGCAAUUUUCAUAAAUAUUUUAUUACCAUAUCUUUCAGAGAUGUAGUAUUGUCUUAUAUAUUCCGAAAAUUUUUGUUAAAUACCAGAAUAAAUAUCUGUAUAAUCAACGUGAAGGGAAAAUAAUCUCGUCUUUUCCAUGAUUUAUAACGACCUGUUCAUCCAAAUUCCAACACUGAUAAUAGUAGUCAUUAUCAUAAAUCGUCCUUUCCUUACAACAGCGAAGAAUAAAGCAUUGUACGUAUAAUUAUAUACAAAGUCCCACGCAAUAUUAGAAAUACAGAGUGACAAUAUAAUAAAGCAUGUUAGCACGAUCACAAUGUUCAUGAACACACACACACACACUGUCGCCACGUAGCCACAGCUGUCUGAGGUUCAAAACUGUGAAAUAGAGGAGCAUUUCUUGAAUAAAAACUGUUACCAGAAGCACAGCAACAGCCAUGGCACGCACAUAAUAUACAAUAAAGACAACACUAAUCCAAAGGGAGAUACUCCAUGAUGCAAAAAUGUAGAAUGGAGAAGAAGAAACUACAAAAAUGCAAUGCAAAAUAAGAAAGAACAUCCAUAAGCAGAUUGGUAGCAACAUUUAGAACUCUUUUAAGACAUCUUGCUCUCAGAAAUAAAGGGCCAACACAGACAGCCGGACUGUUGGACCCUCAAGCAGACUCACCAAAUCAAAUUAUCAAAUGUAACGGUGAAACUAUGUGGUGAUAUAUUCUCAAGACGAUCACUCAAGGUAUGAUUAUUUAUAGCCUUUUCACUCGUCACUACAUGUCUACAAAGCCUCUCGUUCUUUCCCAACUGAUAUUUGAAGCUGAUAUGGUAAAGUAGAGUGAUGUCGCAUUACACUAGAGUUAUCUUGCCAUCGAUGUGCAGAAAACGAAGUAGUUGAGGUAAAACACGUGCAGGAUAGUGAUGAAGAUCAGAAGAAAUGGCUGAUGGACUCUACAAGAACCUACAAAAAGCAGAGAACUAACCCUUCAAACCAUAAGUCAAAAGGACAUCACUCUCAUUCUUUUGACGAGUCGAAAUAGUUGAAAACCUUUUGAAAAAAACGAGUUAAAUACAACAUAUCUCUUUAAAAACAAACAGGAAAUAAUUAAAAUGCACGUGCAUAAAAGAAAAGUUGAAACAUUGUGAGCACGCUAAACUGUAUUCCUUUUAUGGCACUUCACAAGAACAGGUCCACUAGUAGUCAUAAUUAAUCUACAGUUUAGAUUAUCGGGACGGGAAAAAUGUUUUGAUUGCCAAAGGUUUUCUAUUUUCUCAUCAUUCAGACAAAAAACGGAACAUCCCAUCCGAGUAAAAACUAAUAAACAACAAAUUGCAGUACCAACUGCCUUUAGAAUCAAGAUGACGGCUCACUGCUCUUCCUGCUGCUGGACAAGAAUAAUGGCACACGUGGCUGACAGGGUCCGGACUUUGGACUAAUACCUGGAAUUUAAAAUCCGAGAUUAAAGAAAACAGAGGACGGUGUUGUAAGGUUGAAGGAAUUAGACAGUCAUAUGUUGAACCAUGCUACAAACCGAGCCAGGUUUAAAACUUCAUAGAGCUCUGGGGUACACAGAAUAUCACAAACCCAUUGAAAAGUGAAGAUCACCAAACAGUGACUAAGACAAAAUUCAAAAAGCAGUAGGACGACUAAAAUAU